UGACAAUGUUUGUGUGAUGUUAUCGCAGCUUAUAAAGUCAGUCAACCCCCGUAUGUCAUUCUUUUCGUGUUCUUAUAAUGAUUUUAUAAUCGGUACUUUUAUUUUGUUCAUUUUUAAGCAAAUUUAUUAAACCAUGGGAUCUAUAUGCAGUUUAUGUUGUGGUAACAGUGCUGAUGACAUAUAUGAGGAUGAACAUAAUGACAAAACAAAUCUAUUGGGAAACCCUGUUGGAGAAAGCACAAGGUCAGCUAGUCAAAAUAUAUCUAAUAAACAUGCCACAAAUGGUGUUGGAGACCAUCAAGAAAAAUUGAAUAGAAUUUUGCAAAAAACGGCAAACAGCUACAUUGAUGUGCCAGCCUUAAAUUCCUCUGUGGAACAAACAACAGAUAAAACCAAAGACUAUGAAUCUAAAAUUCGAGAAAAUUUAAAAAAGCAUGAAUACACAGAGAAAUCUAACCUGUUAGAAGAUACACCACAAAUAGAGAGAACAUUAUCUGGAGAGCCAUUAUCACAAGAUGAUUGCAAAAUGGUUAAAGAAGUCAGUUCAUCAAUUUUGGAUGCUCUCCAGUCUAUACAGGUCACAAAUUCUGAAAAUCUUGUUAUACCAUUUAAUGCUCCAAAGGAUAACCCAUGAAAUUUUUAGAAAAUUUCUUUUGUGCAAUGCCAUAAUGUCCCUAUAUACAAUCUCAUAGAAUGUGAUACAGUAUUCUGUAAAUAUUUAAUCAUGUGUAUAUAUAGAAUAGAUUCUAAUUUUAUACUACUAUAUUCAGUUGUAAAGAGUUUUAACUUUUGUACUUGAUGAUUGAUUUGUAAUUUUUUGAAUUGACUGUACAAAUAAGAAUUUCUUUUUUGUAUUCUAAAGCACUUAAAUGUUGUACAGCUCUGUGAUGUUUAUUUCCAUUGUUGCUUAUGAUCUUACCGUUCCAAUUUUAUUGAACUUCAAACUGUGUUAACAUAUCUUUAAUCUUAUUUUGUGCCUUUUUGCAUAUUUUCAGUAAUAAACUAUUAAAUUGUUUUUUGAAAA